AAUGGGCACAAAAAAAUAAAAAUAAUAAAGAACCACCCUCGCAUCUAAUUAACCCUUGACACGGAAGCGCUCUCGGUGUGACCGUCACCGGGUGCUGUGGCGAUGGCGUCCGUGCGAGUGCAAGUGCCGCCCGGCGGAGGCUUCAACUUCGACAACUGCAAGAGGAAUGCUUUCCUCGAGUUGGAGUUUGCCAAGCAAGGUGUCCCACCGCCAAAGGCGAGAAAGACCGGCACCACCAUCGCUGGCAUCAUCUUUAAGGAUGGGGUUGUUCUCGGAGCUGACACUCGUGCAACAGAAGACACCAUUGUUGCCGACAAAAACUGCGAGAAGAUCCACUACUUGGCACCAAACAUGUACUGCUGUGGGGCAGGCACCGCUGCUGACACCGAGAUGACAACGCAGCUCAUCUCGUCCAACCUGGAGCUGCACUCGCUCUCCACGGGGCGGCAGGGACGUGUCGUCACCGCCAACCGCAUGCUCAAGCAGAUGCUGUUCCGGUACCAGGGUCAUAUCGGUGCUUCGCUGGUGCUGGGUGGAGUGGACAUCACCGGCCCUCAGCUGUACAGCAUCCACCCGCACGGCUCCACAGACAAGCUACCCUACGUGACGAUGGGAUCUGGAUCCUUGGCUGCUAUGGCUGUUUUUGAGGAUCGAUUCAAGCCCAAUAUGGAGGAGGAAGAAGCCAAGAAAUUGGUGAGGGAUGCCAUUGCUGCUGGGAUCUUCAAUGACUUGGGCUCUGGUAGCAACAUUGACCUGUGUGUGAUCACAAAGGAGAAGGUGGACUACCUGAGACCCUAUGAGGUGGCCAACAAGAAGGGAGUCCGGCAAAACAGUUACCGCUACAAGCGCGGCACAACAGCAGUGAUCUCGGAGAAAAUCACCCCCAUCAAGUUUGAUGUGGUGGAGGAAGUGGUUCAGACCAUGGAUACCUCUUAAUGCUCAUGCCAGCUGAGAAGAUAGCAACAAGAAAGUGUUUUUCCAUGUGAUUCUGUCCAAUUGAGCGUUGUUCAUUUUUAUGUUUGAGCUCAUUACCAAGGGAGAGAACACAAUCUAAAUUUGGCGGUGACACUACGUAAAUCACUGAUGUCCUGACUGAAGUAAUAUUUUCCGUAAUCAAUGGGGGUGUAUGUAAAAUGGGCCUACAGUGAGCAACAUCACCACCUAUGCAUGGCUCACGACUGUGCAUUACAGCUUACCACACCUUGCAAUAGCACUUCAUCUGACCAUAGCAACUAUAACAGUUACACACUGUAGGUUUUUUUUAGUAUGGGGCAUCCAGUUUGGCUGUUGUAGCUUGGACUACUUGUCUAAAAUGUUAGUUUUGAAGCUCAAAUAAAAAUUACUCAACAGAA